CAUUUAUUUGUAAAUGCAUUUCAAACACAUCUGAUCCCAACGUCCUAUUGCUAUCACUAAUGGCUAUAUUGUUGUGGUAUUCACUCAUCGGUUUGUGUCUUGUAUUGACAUUCACUGAAUGCGAGGCCAACAAUUGUCUGGUGAGCCGAUCCAACGCCCAGACCAGAGACCAGAACUCAGACGCCUUUAUCCCGGAGUGCACUCGCGAUGGACUCUUUGCGUCGGUUCAGUGUCACCGGAGUUCAGGUUACUGUUGGUGUGUCGAUGUGAUGACCGGUCGACCCAAGAGUCACACCACUACACGAAACGUAUCUCCAAAUUGCAGCCGUCGCUCGACAUCACGCGAACAGAACCCCAAUCGACGCAAAGACAAGAGACUCUGCAUUAGCUCUCAAAGAGUCUUAUUUAACACUCAAUUGCUGGGCGUCUUUGUGUCGGAGAAUACCCGCAAAACUGGACACCAAAACGAGUCGUCCAUAUCGGCGUCCAUUGAAUCCAAGUUUAAUGAAUUGGAUCUCAAUUUAGACCAAAGGAUCACAAGACAAGAGACCAAAGACUUAAUCCAAUUAAUCAAAAAACUCUUUCCUCUGUUCCGUGUCUGCGCUCAACAGAUGUUCACGUUUUGCGACCAAAACAACGACUCGUUUGUCACGAAAUCCGAGUUCAAAGAGUGUCUCAAUUUUGACUUCAGUUUCCGCGCCUUUCUGUCACUCAACUCGACAAACGGCGGAUCCGUUGGAAGCGGUUCACCGACACAGCCCAAGAAGACUGGAUUUCAGAACCCGUUUGAACUGAACUCGCAUUCCUCGCAUCCGGUAAACGAGUCGCGACUGGACUGCUAUAUCACGCGAUCCAAUGCCUUAGAGUCAGCCAAAGUGAACCCAUACGGAGAGCUCUUCAUCCCGGAGUGCACUAAAGAUGGCUAUUAUGUACGCAUUCAGUGCCAUAAGUCCUACUGUUGGUGUGUAUCGCGAGUGACCGGUCAGACCAUAAAAACCCUGCAAUACAUGUCCGCAAAUAGUAAUCAAAACAAUUGUGAAUCGAUUAGAAAGGGUUGCGAUCAAAGACGCCGUAAUAAAUUUCAUCAACGAUUGAGACAAUUGCUUGAAAAAGACAACAACUCGUGUCAAACGGUUUUUGACAGAAUCGAUACCAAUCGGGAUAUGUUUGUGGAGAACAGCGAAUGGAAACUAUUUCGGCAAAUGUGGCGCAAAACCACAGCCCAGACAAUCAACUCUCGGCUCCGGAAGUGUUUCAGAACUGAAAUCAAUUAUUGCGAUCAGAAUUACGACAGAAAGCUAUCCAAACAGGAGUGGAUUCAGUGCUGUCAACCACUCGACUCAUACUCCAUGUCCUCAUCCAAUGAGAGUCAGGAGAACACGGGCUCCGCCGCCGCUAUAGACAGCGGCGGUACUGCUGGACACCGGUGGCGGACACAUAAAAAAUUGGGACCCAAUCCCUUCAAAACUAUUCUUAAAUCUGAAUAA